AUGGCUGCCGGGAACUUAACCGUUGAAAUCCACGGUUCAAAUGAGUCUAAAUCGGAGUUCCGGACUCAGGACUCAGCACAUGAAGAAGUCAACGCCGUUUCUACGCAAGGCGUCAUGGAACCGUACUCUGUAUAUGACAAACGUCAGAAACGCAUUCUCGCAGCCGUCCUAGGCGUGGCUAGUCUUGCUUCGCCACCCAUAGCUUGCAUAUACUUGCCGCUGUUCCCGCUCCUUCAGACACAAUACGUCUCUUCUGCUCAAACCAUUUCUCACCGCAGGCGCCUUGUUAGCCUUGCCGCAUAUGCUAUCUUUACGCUGGGUAGUUUAGGUCUUGUCUUCAACGACAUUGGUCCCGUAUUGGGCGGUCUCAUUACAUGGUGUACGGGUAGCGCUGCGUGGGUGUUUGCAGCUUUGAUGGUGCUUGCAACGUUCGGCGAGUGCCUUGAGCAGAAACUUCGGCUCUUCACCUUCGUGAUGUAUGUCGAUAACGCUGAUGAGGAGGAACCAGGCACCAGGAUCUGA